AUGGUCAUAGUAUUCGGGCAACAGCAACCAAAUAUGAAAUUGAAGAAAAAAAUAUAUAACUUGAUGCGUAUAUAUCCACAACUUGAAGAUGAACUUUUAGAGUGGUUCUGUGAAUUAAGAAAGCAGCUGAAAACAGUAACUAGAUACAUGAUUAGUGCAAAAGCUCGCAGUAUUGCUACUAAACAAGAAUACCGAAGAAUUGGUAUCGAAGAAGAAGAAGAAAGUAAUAAAUUAAGUCCAGAAAGCACAGAAGAUGCAGAAGAUAAUGAAAGUGAUCAAGAAUAUGAGUAUUGUGAACACUAUAAAGAUAAAGGAAAUUAUGUUAAU